AUGGCUCACGCGCAGAGAAAGACCAGAAAGCUCCGUGGUCACGUCUCGCACGGACACGGACGUAUUGGAAAGCACAGGAAGCAUCCUGGAGGUCGCGGUAACGCUGGAGGUCAACAUCACCACCGCAUCAACCGUGACAAGUAUCACCCUGGAUACUUCGGAAAGGUUGGAAUGAGAGUCUUCCACCUUAACAAGAACCACCACUACUGCCCAACCGUCAACGUCGAGCGCUUGUGGUCUCUUGUCCCACAGGAGGUCAGAGAGAAGGCCACCGGAGGCAAGGCCCCAGUCAUUGACUGCACCAAGCUUGGAUACUUCAAGGUUCUCGGAAAAGGACUCCUUCCAGAGACUCCACUUAUCGUCAAGGCCCGAUUCUUCUCCCACGAAGCUGAGCAAAAGAUCAAGAAGGCCGGAGGAGCCUGUGUUUUGGUGGCUUAA